GAAUUCUAACCAAACAUUUGACCACCAAAGACCUUCUGUCCUCCUUUCUUGAUCAAUCUAGGCAGCCAAGACUUCCACAUACAGUCAAUGGCUUCAAGUAGGAUUCGCAUUGGCCUAGUCCUGGUCCUUGUGACCAUGAUAUAUGGUGGAGCCAUGGCUCAGUCAGGCUGCAACAGUGUAGUCACAAACUUGGCCUCAUGCCUGAACUAUAUUACAGGAAAUUCAUCGACUCCAUCAGCUUCUUGCUGCUCGAACCUAGCUAAUGUCGUCCAAUCAUCACCACAAUGCCUUUGCUCGCUGCUCAAUAACAGCGGUCCUUCUCUUGGAAUCACCAUAAACCAAACUCUUGCUCUGUCUCUCCCUGGUGCUUGUAAGGUGCAAACCCCACCAAUUAGCCAGUGUAAAGCUGCCACCGCACCCACGAUUUCUGCAGCUCCACCUACUUCAGCAGCUUCACCAACAACUUCAGUAACUCCGCCAGUAAGUUCACCAACCAAUUCUCCACCAGGUUCAUCCAAUGAAACACCUGAGCCUGCAAUAACUCCAUCAGCAUCAAAUGUUCCUCCUUCAUCAGGAACUGGUGCUGGAUCAAAAACAAUCCCAUCAACAACAGACGGAACAUCAGAUGGAAGUAUCAUCAAAGCACCCCUUCAUUUCAUGCUCUUGGCUUUCUUCCUUCUGUGGUCUGGUUCGACUAUCACCAAAUUCUGAAUCUGAAUCUGAAUAUUUCAGAGCAAUUGGUGGCGCGCAUUAGUGAUGGUUAUGAUUCUUUUAUCGGAUUUUGUAUUGGUCUGUUCAAGAUGAUUCUUGCUUCUACUGCAAGGAGUGUGAUUUAUUAUUUGUUUGAUUUGAUGAAUGAUUGUAUCAUUGAGGAAAACAUCUUGUUAAUGACAGUUUCAUGUGGACGAAUAAAUUUUCAAUCCUUCAAUCCUAA